GGAUGCUUUGACAGCAGGGACACGGCAGCUCUUUCUUUUGAGGGAACAGAAAAUGGCGCUCUUCCUGUUUGCUGUUGCUGUUACUUACAGUGAUCCUCCUGUCAUCGGCAGAACUCAGACGAGUAAACGCAAUGAAAUGUCAAGUAGUGUUUCCUGCCUGUCUGCUGCUGCUUUGGACACUGACAGCAUCUGUCAGUAGUAAUUCAGGAGAAACGGACAAGAUAACUGUGACAUCUGUGUCUGAUGGGAUAAAGGUGUCCUGUGACGGAAGUACAGUUCAAUUAAAAAAUGGUUCAAGUGGUCAAUCCUUGAAAUUGGAAUACAAUGAUGAGAACACAGGAGAGUACUCUUGUGAAAAUGGAAAAACAAAAAUCUUUGUGAAAUUUCGGACCUGUGAUAAUUGCAUAGAGCUCGACCCGACUUCAAUAUUUGGACUAGUUGCUGGAGACGUGCUGGCUACAAUUAUGAUUGGGUGGGCUGUCUAUCUUGUUGCGUCUCAGACUCGCAGCGGUCCAAUUGCCUCUCACAAGAAAGGCUCUGAUAGACAGCAUCUCGUUCCUAACGAAGUGAGCAACAGAGGCUCCAGUGACCAUUACCAGCCUCUGAGACACCAAGGUGGUAAAAAAGAAACGUAUGAUGUUCUGAACAGAAGAUAGAGGGGUGGUGGCCCCUCUGCCUGGGAACCCAACCCCCCACCCUCCCCAGCCUGAAAACAUACUCUCCAUGUGUCCUUGCAACGCAAACAUCUGUAGGAGGGAAAAGUCUGUUAUCGGUUCCCAGGCUCAACAUCAUGACAGGAUACUUUCUGAUGUGUAGCUCUGCGACGGACGCCGCUCGUUCCUGAUGUAAUGUGCUCUGUAGAUUACUGUCUCAGCUUAGGAUCUCAUUUCAUUUAUUUUCACCAUGCAUGUAAGAUGUUGCUCUUAAUAGACCACUCACAUAUCAAGUGACUUGUUAACCUAUUGCUGUAUGUCAUAGUGCAGUGUUUAUCAGCUGUUGUUCUCGUGUUGGCGUCUCAUUUGAAUCGGCUAUGUUCUUUCUUCCAAUUCUGUAAGUAGGGCUGCUACAACAGCCACUUAAUAUAAUGACUUAAAAAUGAAGUGUUUCUUUUGACAAACAAAAUGGACAUUAUCAUGAUGCAAAAAUAAACAUUGACAACAAAAAUUGUGUUGUCUUGUUAUGUUGGCAGCUAUUGCCAGUGCUGGAAAGCAACUAAGUACAGUUACUCAUGUAUACUUAGGUACAAUUUGAAGGUACUUCAAAAAGGUUUAGAGGUAAAUACUGUGCAUUUUACUGACUGACAACUAUGAUUACAACUUUUCAGAUUAACUUCAACAACAUAUAAGCUUUUAAAAGAAUGUAUAAAGAGUUGUUUGCAGCUCUGCAAAAGAGACCCCCUUCUGAAACCACUCAGAUGGUUUCGUGGAAGUAAUUGUUUGAGGCUUAAAGAAGGUCUAAUUAUCCACUAUUUGACAAAUAAGAUUAGAAAAAGAUAAAUGUCUAAAAUACAGAUUUGUGAUGCAGAA